GUGGGUUGUUACAGCCUCCAGUUCGUCUGGUUUCGCAGCCUCAACCAGCUCGAAGACUAGACCCACCAUCCAGAUUUUCUGGGAGGAAUGACAGAGGUGGAGAUCCUAUGCCGAACCGAAAGGAUGACAGGAGUCGUGAAAGAGAACGAGAGAGACGCAGGUCCCGGGAGAGGUCGCCCCAGCGAAAACGCUCCAGAGAGAGGUCACCCCGGCGGGAGAGGGAGAGGUCGCCUCGGAGACCCCGGCGUGUUGUUCCUCGUUACACCAUCCAGUUUUCCAAGUUCUCAUUGGACUGCCGUAGCUGUGAUAUGAUGGAGCUCAGGAGGCGUUACCAGAACUUGUACAUCCCAAGCGAUUUCUUUGAUGCCCAGUUUACAUGGGUGGAUGCUUUUCCUAUGUCUAGACCAUUUCAGCUGGGAAACUACUGUAAUUUCUACGUAAUGCAUAGAGAAGUAGAUCCUAUAGAUAAGAAUGCUGCAGUCCUUGAUCCGCCCGAUGCUGAUCAUCUGUACAGUGCAAAGGUGAUGUUGAUGGCUAGUCCUAGCAUGGAAGAUCUCUAUCAUAAGUCAUGUGCUCUGGCUGAAGAUCCCCAAGAGCUUCGUGAUGGAUUUCAGCAUCCUGCUAGACUUGUAAAGUUUUUAGUGGGUAUGAAAGGCAAAGACGAAGCUAUGGCUAUUGGAGGACACUGGUCCCCAUCACUGGAUGGACCUGACCCGGAGAAGGACCCUUCCGUGCUGAUAAAGACAGCUAUCCGUUGUUGCAAGGCUCUUACAGGGAUUGACUUAAGUGUGUGCACACAAUGGUACCGUUUUGCAGAGAUUCGAUACCAUCGCCCUGAGGAGACCCACAAGGGGCGUACAGUUCCUGCUCAUGUGGAGACAGUGGUUUUAUUUUUCCCGGAUGUUUGGCAUUGCCUUCCCACCCGCUCAGAGUGGGAAACCCUCUCCCGAGGAUACAAGCAGCAGCUGGUCGAGAAGCUUCAGGGUGAACGCAAGGAGGCUGAUGGAGAACAGGAUGAAGAGGAAAAGGAUGAUGGGGAAGCUAAGGAGAUCUCUACACCUACACACUGGUCGAAACUGGAUCCAAAAACAAUGAAGGUAACAGACACUUCUGAAAAUUGCAUUUCACUGUAGAAUUUCUCUUUUAAGACAUGACCUGAAUUGUAGUUCCAUUAACUCGGCA